AUGCAAUAUCUUCCACUCCCAAUAAACCUAGAUCUACUCGAUCAACUUGUAUAUGAAUAUCUAAGACACGAGGGAAUUCUUAACGAAGAAAGCGUUAUAGACGAGUGGAAUAAGAAAUAUAAUAAAUGUACACAUAAUGUAGAAAAACUCUGCAAAAUCAAUGAAAUAAGGCAACUCAUCAAUAAAGGCGAGAUACAGGCUGCAUUCGAAUGUAUAAAUCAAGUAUAUCCUGAAUUACUAUUGAAGCCAAGAUUAACGUUCAGACUAUAUAAACAGCAGUUCAUUGAAUUAUCCCGUGAUAAGCAAAUCACAAAUACAACAGCAUUAGAAUAUCUUCAAAGACAUCUCGCUCCGUGUGCACUCUCUUCAGAUCCGCACGCAUUCACCGAAUUUCAACAGACAUUAUUAUCAUUAGUGCUCGGGAAUAACACGACCGAUGACCACAGUAACAGUAAUAGUGUUUUCAACUCGAUUCUAUCCGAAGACAAUCUUGGUUCCUCGGUCACACCACCAAAGAGUACGAAUAAGACAAGCGACGAUUGGUCAAUACGAAAAAGAGAGGAACUGGCUGAUGAUGUAUACAAUGUUUUAUUGAGAAGUAUGGGAAUUAGAGAGCCUAUACUGGCGCUUGGGAUACGCUACCUGAUAAUUAUCCAUAAUACAUAUCACGCGCUCCGAGGAGAGGAAGCAUCAAUUCCUGAAGCAGCACAGCUUCUACUCCCAGAACGCGACGAGGAAGACGAAAGCGUUCUAUCUCAUAUGGACGGAAUAGCAGGCACUUAUGAUGGGAUUGAAGUGCUGGAUACAGAUGAUAUGGAGAUUGACCAAGAAGCCGUUAUGCUUUUAGCUCAGACUGUCGGCAUAUCUCGCCUACAAGCUCGAAUGUCCGUAAAGCGGGCGCAUGGUUCUUCCUCGGAAGCGUUAUUUAAUGAACUUUCCCGGAUGCGCAUUUCUCGCUCACUUCUUAAUGCACUCUGCAUCAAUUAUUACGUUCAACGCACCGCGUUUCCAUCUUCCUCUCAACCCCUCCCGUCGUAUUCAUUUCCUUCUAAUUCGUCUUCGCCUAUGCUCACACCAAGCACAACCUUGUUAAAUACAUACCAGCCUCAAUCGAGCAAUGAUUCGAUUGAAAGAGUCGGCACCUGCGUUCGAGAAAUUGUCAUGAAAGGGGAAGGAAACGUCGCAAAGAGAGUUCUAGAGCAUUUGAGUACAAGUGGUGUGACAUCAGUUUACGAUAAAUUAUGCAAGUGGAACAGAGAGAACGAAGGCAUAAAGUGUAAAAAUGCGAGUUCGAGAGAGCGUAAGAUUGGAGGAAAGCAAAAGAACUGGAGUAAGGACAACGAUAGCAACGUGGGGAGGAAUGACAACUUUGAGGACAAAAUUGAAAACGAAACGAUGGAUGAUGCAUUCGUACAGGAUACUGCAUUCCCGUAUGAAGAUUUGGAAAAAACUCCCGUCUCUCCACGCUUGUGGUUUGCUUGGAAGCAAUGCGAGUUUUUGGAACAUUUACGCGUAAAUGAAUGGGACCAGGCUGUAAGGAUAUUGAGAGAGGAAAUGAGUCCACUGACGAUAACAUACCCUGAUCUCUUAGACCCGCUCAAAGACUGUACUCUUCUCAUUGUAUACCGUAACUCGACUAAAACGCCGCUUUCCUUUUUGCGCACCUUGUUUACUCGCGAGAGAAGUAACAAUUGUGCAGUCGCGGAAGAGAGGAGUAUUGGAAAUGACGAGAGAGGGCAAGAGAGAGAGAUGGUGAAUGUAAGAGAAGUUAUUGAUGGAAUUUAUGCGAAUUUCAAUCCCCAAACCCUCAUUCGCCCUCUCUUGACCUCUCUGGCCAGUAGUUCAUAUUCUCCCUUCGCUACCACUUCCAAAGAUGCCGCUUCCCCACCUUCUCUUCCAUCGCCUAUAGUACCGUCCCUUGUGGUUCUUUUUUCCCAUUUGCUUGAUAUUCAUUCUAAAUGGUUCGAAUAUCAACAAAGCGAAGAUAUAUUCCAAAGUCUCUUUCAUUUGGAUGAGUUGAAAAAGUUGGAGUAUUUCCGGGUACCUUUACGACUAUGGAAGAACGGAAGUGCGGAUGCAGUCAGGUUUAAUAUCGCCGAUAAUGUAAUUACACAUAUCCAGGAAGUGAUGGCAUGGCCUAGAGUACAAGCAAUCAACAUGCUCAUUGAACAUGGAGGCAAUCCAGAGACCCUCUUAAAUGCGAUAUUCUGA